UUCAUCUUUCGUUUCAGUAGCUGUAAACCAAGGCAGAGAAGGUGCUAAAGAAACCCUAGGAAAAAUGCCGGCUGGACAUGGGUUGAGAUCUCGCACAAGGGAUUCGUUCUCCCGCCCAUUCAGGAAGAAGGGGACAAUCGCCCUAGCAACCUAUCUCCGCACCUACCACAUCGGCGAUUAUGUCGACAUUAGGGUUAACGGCGCCGUUCACAAAGGUAUGCCUCACAAGUUCUACCAUGGACGUACCGGCCGUGUCUGGAAUGUCACCAAACGCGCCAUCGGUGUCGAGGUCAACAAACAGGUUAGGAACAAGAUUCUGAGGAAGAGGAUUCACGUUCGUGUGGAGCAUGUGAUGCCAUCACGGUGCACUGAGGAGUUUCGUUUGAGGAAGAUUCAAAAUGAUAAGCUGAAGGCAGAGGCGAAGGCCAAGGGUGAGGUGAUUAGCACAAAGCGCAAGCCGGAGGGACCAAAGCCUGGUUUCAAGGUUGAAGGAGCUACUUUGGAAACGGUUACUCCAAUUCCUUAUGAUGUGGUUAAUGAUUUGAAAGGAGGGUACUAGUUUUUUAUUCUGAAUGUUUUUUGGAUAUUCUGGUUUCGUUUGGUGUUUUGUUAUCUUAAAUUUUCUGUUAGACAGAGCUAUUAUUAAUGCAGAAAUCAGACUCAAUUUUGUGGUGUUUAUCUCUAAUACAUCUAUAAUUUCUACUA